AUGGGGCAAGCGCAGGCAUGGGGCAAGCGCAGGCAUGGGGCAAGCGCCGGCAUGGGGCAAGCGCCGGCAUGGUACAAGCGCCGGCAUGGUACAAGCGCCGGCAUGGUACAAGCGCCGGCAUGGUACAAGCGCAUUCAUGGUACAAGCGCAGGCAUGGUACAAGCGCAGGCAUGGUACAAGCGCAGGCAUGGUACAAGCGCAGGCAUGGUACAAGCGCAGGCAUGGGACAAGCGCAGGCAUGGUACAAGCGCAGGCAUGGGACAAGCGCAGGCAUGGGACAAGCGCAGGCAUGGGACAAGCGCAGGCAUGGGACAAGCGCAGGCAUGGGACAAGCGCAGGCAUGGGACAAGCGCAGGCAUGGGACAAGCGCAGGCAUGGGACAAGCGCAGGCAUGGGACAAGCGCAGGCAUGGGACAAGCGCAGGCAUGGGACAAGCGCAGGCAUGGGACAAGCGCAGGCAUGGGACAAGCGCAGGCAUGGGACAAGCGCAGGCAUGGGACAAGCGCAGGCAUGGGACAAGCGCAGGCAUGGGACAAGCGCAGGCAUGGGACAAGCGCAGGCAUGGGACAAGCGCAGGCAUGGGACAAGCGCAGGCAUGGGACAAGCGCAGGCAUGGGACAAGCGCAGGCAUGGGACAAGCGCAGGCAUGGGACAAGCGCAGGCAUGGGACAAGCGCAGGCAUGGGACAAGCGCAGGCAUGGGACAAGCGCAGGCAUGGGACAAGCGCAGGCAUGGGACAAGCGCAGGCAUGGGACAAGCGCAGGCAUGGGACAAGCGCAGGCAUGGGACAAGCGCAGGCAUGGGACAAGCGCAGGCAUGGUACAAGCGCAGGCAUGGGACAAGCGCAGGCAUGGGACAAGCGCAGGCAUGGGACAAGCGCAGGCAUGGGACAAGCGCAGGCAUGGGACAAGCGCAGGCAUGGGACAAGCGCAGGCAUGGGACAAGCGCAGGCAUGGGACAAGCGCAGGCAUGGGACAAGCGCAGGCAUGGGGCAAGCGCAGGCAUGGGACAAGCGCAGGCAUGGGACAAGCGCAGGCAUGGGACAAGCGCAGGCAUGGGACAAGCGCAGGCAUGGGACAAGCGCAGGCAUGGGACAAGCGCAGACAUGGGACAAGCGCAGACAUGGGACAAGCGCAGACAUGGGACAAGCGCAGACAUGGGACAAGCGCAGACAUGGGACAAGCGCAGACAUGGGACAAGCGCAGACAUGGGACAAGCGCAGACAUGGGGCAAGCGCAGACAUGGGACAAGCGCAGACAUGGGACAAGCGCAGACAUGGGACAAGCGCAGUCAUGGGACAAGCGCAGACAUGGGACAAGCGCAGACAUGGGACAAGCGCAGACAUGGGACAAGCGCAGACAUGGGACAAGCGCAGAGGAGGAGGAGGAGAUUAGUGUUUAA